AACGUAUGUUUAAAAAUAAAAUAAAAUAAUUUCACAAUAUUUUUGUUUUCCAGGAAAUAUAAGUUGUUUAAACGACCAGAAAACUGUCUGUGAAUGAAAAAUCGAAAAACUCUACUGACAUGAACUAAGCGGUUAAAAUGAGAUUCUGCCAUAAUCUUUAUUGCGCAAUGACCCAACACAGAGUGCUCGAGUCACACCGGGAAGCGUAGCAUAACUGUACAUGACCGACCGGGUAUUUUGGGGGGAAAUUGUUGGGACUUACUGCACACAACCAUGGCUGUUUCGGUCCUGCGCGCCUGGGGACAUGGUCGCGGGGCGUUUGCUGUCGCACAGCUGCACGUGAGGAACUACUCUGGUUCCUCCGGUGGACACUACAAGGUCCUAGUCCUCGGGGGUGGAAGCGGGGGCAUCACGAUGAGCGCGCGCAUGAAGAGGAAGGUUGGCGCAGAGAACGUGGCUGUCGUGGAGCCCAGCGAGAGCCACUAUUACCAGCCUAUUUGGACUUUGGUUGGUGCUGGUGCAAAGACAGUCAAGUCUUCCAGGCGACCCACUGCCAGUGUCGUACCAUCUGGGGUGAAAUGGAUCAAAUCCAGUGUCCAGGAGGUCAAUCCAGACAAGAACACUGUUCGCACGGCUGAUGGGCAGGAGAUCUCUUACCAAUUUCUGAUUGUGGCCCUGGGUCUACAACUUCACUAUGAAAAGAUCAAAGGGUUCCCAGAGGCUUUUGAACACCCCAAAAUAGGUUCAAACUACUCUGUAGAGACAGUGGAGAAGACUUGGAAAGCCCUGCAGGACUUCAAGGAGGGAAAUGCCAUUUUCACCUUCCCCAACACCCCUGUGAAGUGUGCAGGUGCACCUCAAAAGAUCAUGUACCUCUCUGAUGCCUACUUUCGAAAGCACCUCACUUUUGUUCUCCUCUACAAGACAGGAAAGAGGCCCAGAGCCAACAUCCUAUACAACACUUCCCUGCCAGUGAUAUUUGGGGUUAAGAAGUACGCUGACGCACUGUGGAAGCUGGUGAAGAGCAGGGACCUGAACGUCAACCUCAGGCACAACCUGAUCGAAGUCCGUCCCGAAAAGCGGGAGGCGGUGUUUGAGAAGCUCGACAGCCCGGGGGAAACGGUGGCGUAUGAGUAUGAAAUGCUUCACGUCACCCCGCCCAUGGGCCCCCCCGAGGUUCUGAAGGGGAGUCUGGUGUCUGAUGCGGACGGGUGGGUGGACAUCGACAAGAACACGCUGCAGCACAAGACGUACCCUAACGUUUUCGGUAUCGGGGACUGCACCAAUCUGCCGACGUCCAAGACAGCUGCUGCAGUGGCUGCACAGUCAGCAAUACUGGACAGAACCAUCUCAAAGGUGAUGAAAAAAGAAAAGCCGGAUAGAAAGUACGAUGGCUACACCUCCUGCCCAUUGGUUACCAGCUACAAGACCGUGAUCCUGGCAGAGUUUGAUUACAAUGGAGAGCCACUGGAGACCUUCCCUGUCGACCAGAGCAAAGAGAGCAGGAUCAUGUACCACAUGAAAGCUGACCUGAUGCCACACCUGUACUGGCACGGCCUGCUAAGGGGAUUGUGGGGAGGACCGGGGCCGUACAGGAAGAUCAUGCACCUGGGAAUGAAGUAGCACUCAGCUGCAGGAGGAACCUCUCCCUCCUUCGGCUCCUGUGUAGUCCUCUCCCGAACACCAUGUACACUUCCACCUCCCCAAAGCAUAUCCAUCCCUGGCCCAGUGUGCUUGUUCCUAAAAUUUGCUGCCUUGGUGGUCACUUUUCCUUUUCCCUUUUUUCUCCAGUGACUCAUAUAGGCUGCUUGUUUCAAGAUGAGUCCUGGAGUUGCAUAAUCAUUCUCUGCCUUCAAAAUAGUUCACUCUCCAGCAAAGGUCAAGUACCCAGUCCACCCCAAAAAACGUACACAUCUGCCACAAUUUCCCCCUUAACCAUAAAGUUCUGUGGGAUGAUUGCGUGGCCUUUAAAAGUCAGGGUUAAGAUUUAUCCUUCUUAAUUUGAUUAUCAGUCCAUGCUAAUAAAAUGAAAAGGGAUUGUGAAAAUUUCACAAAAAAAGCUAUUUUUAUAGACUAUAGCAAAGUUGUUGACUAAAAGCACAUAACCAAUUACUUACAGAGAAAUGAGACCAAAAAUGUCUAAAUGUAAGAAGGCCAGUGCAUUCUAUCUCAAGCGGUGGUUCACUGUAACGAACACCGUGAUGCUCAACUGCCAUGCCGAGGUGGGGGCUACACUGUUGAGUGCUAUUAAAUCCAUGGAAAUUGCUUAUUAGCUACAUGUGCUGUAAGCCAACCAGCAUUUAAAAAAUGAGCGAAUGUUCAUGGUGGGGCUGGAGAAAGGCGCUGCGGGCGAUAUGGUGCUGCAGGAGGGAGAAAGUGCUUUUAGUUUACGAUCGUUUUCAUGCAAUUUUUGUUAAUAUUGAUUGGAGCACUACGUUUGGUACCGUUAACAUGAACAGAAAAAUAUUCUGCGCCAUGCAUGUUGUGUAGUUUUAACCAAUGAUUACAGGCAGUCUUGCUACUACAUUUAUUUUUGAUUUGAAAAAUAUACUUUUUAUUCCUUCCCCUCCACGUUGUUGUAUGUUGUGUACUUUGAGUGUUUCAAAUACAACUGUAUUACUCCUCAGAGACAAAGAUCUAUUGUAUAGCCCUGGCUUAUACACAGAAUGAGGUGAACCACUGUAGCUAAACAUAGGUUAGGUAACAAAGUACAUAGAGUCCAAAAACUCUGCAGUUAUCUUCAUCUUUAGUUGGAACUACUAAUGUACAUCUGCAGACUGUUCCAAAGUCACGAGCUGGAGGUCUUGUGAUUACAUGCGAGCACACACAACGCGUGCCCGUUAUCUCACUGUGCCAACCGUUGCCUGGGAGACCGAUAAACUCCAAAGCUUCCAUCUAGCCCCAAGGCUGAAGCUACCUCUGAAACAGACCUAGGUCACAUACAUAACUUAAGUACUUAAUUACUUUUGAAUACUUAUUUAGAAAUUAUUUGAAAUUCAGCCAUUACAAAUACUGAGUAUAUAAACUACAAAAUGUAUUUAAAAAUACAUUUAAGGAGCAUUUGCAUGUAUUUGCAAUUACUUUCAAAUAUGUCUUAAAAAAACAUUUAAAAUACAGAAUUUUCUAAUAAAAAGUGUUUGAUUUAAUGAAAUUUUAAAAUACUUUCACAACAUAAGGCCAGUGGUGCAACAUGCGCAAUUUCACCAAGGUGUUGAAAAACUGAAAAGCACUGGACGUGAGAACCUAUCAGCUCUGAAAGUUGAGCAUUUUGUCUAAUUAGAGGACGGUAUUUUGAUGAGAACGCGUCAAGUGGCUGACAGACCCAGUCCAAUUUUACCGAUUUACAUUGUUAAUUGGUAGUGAAUAUGCACAGAAAAAUUUUAUUUUAUCAGUGUCUAACCUUAAACAAUGUAAAAUAUGGAACGUACAUAUGGCUGUUUGACAACAGAAAAAGAGGAAAUACAGGAAAAGGCCACUGACCUCACAUCAAAGGCCACUCAAAGAACUCUGGGAUACCCCCUUCAGUAUGAAGCCUAUAUUGUUUUCAUUUCGGUUGUCUCACAGAAAUAUAUACAAAAUAUUUUAAUAUUGUAUUUUAAUGUAAGGCUCUAAGUACUAUUUGAAAAGGUAUUUGGGUUUCUCAGGAAAGUAUUUAAAGGAAUGUAUUUUUUUAAUACUAUUUGGGAAAGUAUUUGGUUUUCCAUUAAAAUAAUUUCAGUAUUUCACAUGUAUUUGAAAAUACUUUAAAUAUGUAUUUCACUAUAUUUUCAAAUACAAAUGUGUAUUUGACCCAGGUCUGCUCUGAAAUUCUGCCGAAUCGAGAUAUGAACUGUGAAAGGAAAGUCAGUGUUGGGGGCAGGCUGAGCUGGCUUUUCCUAUUUUUUUUUUUUUUUCCCUUUUCCUGUUUCCUGUCCCAACUGCGAGCAGUCGCUAGGUGGGAGUUUAUUUACACACCCUGAACGCACAAUAAAAGAAAACCAAGGCAAAACCAUAUCCAACAAAGUGAAGACAAGAAGCUAACCCAGCUACCAGACAAAAAUAUAGGAAUGCUAUGAUGCUAGGAAUGUGUGCUUAAGUGAUUAAAAUUGAAGGCUUUUGAACAGUGGAGACUUGUAUUAGAAUUAUUAACAAUUAAAAACAUUAAACUGACAUGUACCAUAAAGAAUUGAAAUCUAAAAAGAUCACUGGAGAGUCAUUUUAUUGACAUGUGCCGCUAGAUGCAACCACAAGAACUGCGUUGGCGUUUAACAAAGCAAGAAAUUGCCAAUAAAUAUAAAUCCAUAUAAAAGAUUAAAAGCCAGCAAAA